AUGGCAGACCAAAAUCAGGAAGCAUUCAAUGAAACAAGAGUGACAGAAUUCAUCCUUCUUGGAUUCCCUGGGUCUCCGCAUGUUCAGAUGUUAAUCUUCGUGGUCUUUUUUAUCAUGUACAUCUUGACAGUUUUGGGAAAUGCAUCCAUCAUCAUCCUAGUGACAACUAGCAGCCGCCUCCAUAGCCCCAUGUAUUUCUUCCUAUGCAAUCUCUCUUUCCUGGAGAUAUGGUACACAACGGCCUCAGUCCCCAAAAUCCUUGCCAUCUUUCUGGGGAGGAGCAGAACCAUUUCUUUUGCUGGCUGUUUACUCCAAAUGUAUUUCAUUUUUUCCUUUGGAUGCGCCGAACACAUCCUCCUUGCUGUCAUGGCUUAUGACCGGUAUUUGGCCAUAUGUUACCCCUUGCACUACCACACCAUUAUGGAUAUGGGUCUCUCUGGCAAGUUGGCAGGUGGUGCUUGGCUGGGUGGAUUCCUUGUUGUUAUUUUCCCAUCCUACCUAAUUACAAGGUUGUCCUUCUGUGGGUCCAAUGUGAUCAACAACUUCUUUUGUAACAUUGAUAACUGGAUCAUUCUCUCCUGCACUAACACCUCUUUCCUCGAGAAGAUAGUUUUUAUCACAGCCACAUUGGUCAUCAUAGGCUCAUGCGUGGUAACCCUACUUUCUUACAUGUUCAUUAUUUCCACCAUCGUACGCAUCCCUUCUACUGAAGGACGGAAGAAGGCUUUUUCCACAUGCUCCUCCCAUUUUGCUGUUGUGAUCAUUUGGUACGGUUCCACUGUCUUUCUUUUUGUCAAGCCUUCUAAACAAACAGCUUUAGAGGUGACCAAAAUAGUGAGCAUCUUCAAUCUGAUUGUGGUUCCAGUCAUGAAUCCUUUCAUCUACACCCUGAGAAACAAAGAGGUGAAGAAUGUAUUGAGAAAUAAAUUCCAUAGGGUAUGA